AUCGUUAUUCGUCCCCGUCUCCCCCCCUCCUCCCUCCCUUCAUCAGGCAGAGCCGGCCUGCAGCCUCGCUCGCAUCAGCUUGCACACAGCCCACGGCGCCACCACCAGCGAGGCGGGACAGAGGGAAGGAGACACAGACCAGCCAAGUAAAAGGCAAAAGCACAGCACAUUAAAAGAGAGAGGGCGCAAGCAAGCGGCAGAGAGGAGAGAGAGAGAGAGAGAGGCGCACAGAGAGAGUGUGUGUGUGUGUGAGGGAGAGAGAGAUAGCGGCAGCAUAUAUGGCGAUGCCCUUUGCCUCCCUGUCGCCGGCAGCCGACCACCGGCCCUCCUUCAUCUUCCCCUUCUGCCGCUCCUCCCCUCUCUCCGCGGUCGGGGAGGAGGCGCAGCAGCACAUGAUGGGCGCGAGGUGGGCGGCGGCGGUGGCCAGGCCGCCGCCCUUCACGGCGGCGCAGUACGAGGAGCUGGAGCAGCAGGCGCUCAUAUACAAGUACCUCGUCGCCGGCGUGCCCGUCCCGGCGGAUCUCCUCCUCCCCAUCCGCCGUGGCCUCGACUCACUCGCCUCGCGCUUCUACCACCACCCUGUCCUUGGAUACGGUUCCUACUUCGGCAAGAAGCUGGACCCGGAGCCCGGACGGUGCCGGCGUACGGACGGCAAGAAGUGGCGGUGCUCCAAGGAGGCCGCGCCGGACUCCAAGUACUGUGAGCGACACAUGCACCGCGGCCGCAACCGUUCAAGAAAGCCUGUGGAAGCGCAGCUCGUCGCCCCCCACUCGCAGCCCCCCGCCACGGCGCCGGCCGCCGCCGUCACCUCCACCGCCUUCCAGAACCACUCGCUGUACCCGGCGAUUGCUAAUGGCGGCGGCGCCAACGGAGGCGGUGGUGGUGGUGGCGGUGGCGGCAGCGCGCCUGGCUCGUUCGCCUUGGGGUCUAAUACUCAGCUGCACAUGGACAAUGCUGCGUCUUACUCGACUGUUGCUGCUGGUGCCGGAAACAAAGAUUUCAGGUAUUCUGCUUAUGGAGUGAGACCAUUGGCAGAUGAGCACAGCCCACUCAUCACUGGAGCUAUGGAUACCUCUAUUGACAAUUCGUGGUGCUUGCUGCCUUCUCAGACCUCCACAUUUUCAGUUUCGAGCUACCCUAUGCUUGGAAAUCUGAGUGAGCUGGACCAGAACACCAUCUGCUCGCUGCCGAAGGUGGAGAGGGAGCCAUUGUCAUUCUUCGGGAGCGACUAUGUGACCGUCGACUCCGGGAAGCAGGAGAACCAGACGCUGCGCCCCUUUUUCGACGAGUGGCCAAAGGCAAGGGACUCCUGGCCUGAUCUAGCUGAUGACAACAGCCUUGCCACCUUCUCUGCCACUCAGCUCUCGAUCUCCAUUCCAAUGGCAACCUCUGACUUCUCGACCACCAGCUCACGAUCACACAACGAUGAGUGAAUAUCAUCUGGAUCCCUACGUGUCAAUGAAGCGCUGACCACCGUUUGCUGAAUUGUACGGAGUCCUGGACUGCGCCUAGUUUUCCCAAAGCAAGAACAAUACCGCAUUAAUAUGUUUAUGUAAUUUUCGAGCAAUGCUCUUCUAUGUUUUUGUUAUGUUUUAUCCUAUUGGGGAAUUGUAUGAAGUCCAAGUCGAUCAGAAUCCCCUGUACUUGAUGUCGAAACCUCAUUUUGAGUAUCAAAUCAAUCCGUGUCUCGCUCAUUUUCACUGUUAACCCAAGUUGACAAAGAUUCAAAGAACCA